UAUAAUUUAAUGUAUAUUCGUGGAAAAUAUUUAAAGCACGAAUUCUGAAAACAAAUCGGACAUGUCCGUCAUUACGACCGGUAAUUUACGAAGUCGCCAUUAGUUUGUGGAGCUGCGACAGUCCCGCUGUUCUGGUCCAGAAGGCCAAAUAGCGACGAGCAUCAUGCUUCGUUUGCCCGUUAGCCGAGCGUUGGCUGGGGUAGCUCGCUGCAAGACCUGCCUGGCUGCCACGAAUAAUGUUCGUAGUGCUGCCACAGCUGCCAGUAACCUGGUGGAGGUGUUUGUUGAUGGGAAGCCUGUUAUGGUUGAACCUGGAACUACAGUGCUACAGGCUUGCGAGAAGAUGGGGGUGCAGAUCCCACGCUUCUGCUACCAUGAGCGUCUGUCUGUGGCAGGGAACUGCCGCAUGUGUCUGGUGGAGAUCGAGAGGGCACCAAAGCCUGUGGCCGCCUGUGCCAUGCCUGUGAUGAAGGGAUGGAACAUUUUGACCAACUCAGAGAAAACAAAGAAAGCCAGAGAGGGAGUGAUGGAGUUCCUGCUGGCCAAUCACCCAUUGGACUGCCCCAUCUGUGACCAGGGAGGAGAGUGUGACCUGCAGGACCAGUCGAUGAUGUUUGGCACUGACAGGAGCCGCUUCAUGGAGGGGAAGAGAGCUGUGGAGGACAAGAACAUUGGGCCCCUCAUUAAAACCAUCAUGACCCGCUGUAUCCAGUGCACACGCUGCAUCCGCUUCGCCAGUGAGGUGGCGGGUGUGGAAGACUUGGGCACAACUGGCAGGGGAAACGCGAUGCAAGUGGGCACCUACGUGGAGAAGAUGUUCAUGUCUGAGCUGUCCGGAAAUGUCAUUGACAUCUGUCCCGUGGGAGCGCUGACCUCCAAGCCCUACGCUUUUACCUCUCGCCCCUGGGAGACCAGGAAGACAGAGUCCAUCGACGUGCUGGACGCCGUCGGCAGCAACAUCGUGGUGAGCACAAGGGGCGGAGAGGUCAUGAGGGUCCUGCCGCGCCUCAACGAGGAAGUCAACGAGGAGUGGAUCUCGGACAAGACCCGGUUUGCAUACGACGGGUUGAAGCGACAGCGCCUCACUCAGCCAUUGGUGAAGAGUGACUCCGGACAGCUGAUGCCCACUUCCUGGGAGGACGCCCUGACGCGCGUCGCUGGAGUGCUGCAAGCAGCUCAGGGGAAUGACGUAGCAGCCAUCACUGGGGGGAUGGGGGACGCAGAGGCUCUGGUUGCUCUGAAGGACCUUCUGAACCAUCUGAACAGUGAAAGCUUGUGUACCGAGGAGGUCUUCCCCAUGGCUGGGGCUGGCUCUGACCUGCGAUCCAACUACCUGCUGAACUCCCGCAUCAGUGGCAUCGAGGAGGCGGACCUGCUUCUCCUGAUUGGCACCAACCCACGCUAUGAGGCGCCCAUCUUCAAUGCACGUGUCAGGAAAAGCUGGCUUCACAAUGAACUUAAAGUGGCAGUGGUUGGGCGGGAGUUAGACCUAAGCUACUCCUAUGAACAUCUCGGGGAGUCUACACAGGUGCUGCAGGAGAUUGCAGCUGGAACGCAUCCUUUCUGCGAGGUUCUGGCCCAGGCGAAGCGCCCGGUGGUGGUGGUGGGCAGCGCCUGUCUGCAGAGGGCGGACGGGGCCGCGCUGCACUCCACCGUGGCCCACAUCGCUCAGAACGCCCGGACCAGCAGCGGUGUGCAGGAAAACUGGAAAGUGCUCAAUGUCCUCCACAGGGUAGCCAGUCAGGUGGCAGCGCUAGACCUGGGUUACAAGCCUGGUGUGGAAGCCAUCAGGAAGAACCCACCCAAGGUUCUGUUCCUACUGGGAGCAGAUGCUGGGUGCAUCACCAGACAGGACCUGCCGAAGGACAGCUUCAUCAUCUAUCAGGGGCAUCAUGGGGAUGUUGGGGCAACCAUGGCUGACGUCAUCCUCCCAGGGGCUGCGUACACGGAGAAGUGCGCUACCUAUGUGAACACCGAGGGUCGGGCCCAGCAGACCCGGGUGGCGGUGACCGCACCAGGCACGGCCAGAGAGGACUGGAAGAUCAUUAGGGCGGUUGCUGAGCUGGCUGGUGUGACGUUGCCUUACGACACGGUGGAUGAGGUGCGUGACCGAUUGGCUGAGAUGUCGCCCAACUUGGUGCGUUAUGAUGAUGUGGAGGAGGCAAACUACUUCAAGCAGUCCAAUGAGCUAUCACAGGCUGUGAAUCAGGAACUCCUCGCAGACCCUCUGGUCCCUCCACAGCUCACAGUUAGAGACUUUUAUAUGACAGAUCCAAUCAGCAGAGCCUCCCAGACGAUGGCCAAGUGUGUUAAGGCAGUGACCGAAGGAGCACACGCAGUGGAUGAACCGUCCGUCUGCUAAAGUGCUGUCCGUAUUUCAAAACAUACCACAUACCUUUAAGUCUCCUUUAAACCCCCAGGAACUCAUCCACUAUGUAUCAAACUAUUUAAGGCUUGCCACUCUCAUUUAAACCUAAUAUUAGCAGUACAGAUCAAGCGUGUGAAUUUUUUUCUUGUAUUUGUGCGCUGUACUGAGGAUGUUAUAAAGAUGUCUUUCACAUGUUUAAAUUUGGGGAGGAACAUUGUAGGAAAGCUUAAAUGUAAUGAUAAAUAAAAAAGCCUGUCUGAUUGUAA